AUGAGUUUCCCUGAUUAUAUAGAUCAACUUAAUUACGAUUCCAAUUCAAGCGACUUAUAAUUCGAACAGGAUGAGUUGCCUAGCAAACGAUAAAACAAUAGCAAUAAGAAUAAAAAGCAAAUGCCGAAUACUAAGAAUGCCUACAUAAAUAAGAUAUCAUCCUUGAUUAAAAUAACCAACUAAGAACAAUCAGAUGAAAAGUAAAGGCAUAUGAAUAUCAAUAGAGUUGGUAAAAAGCAACUUCCAAAUAAGAUUUAAAGUCAGCUUAUAAUUGGAAGUUCUAAUUGCGAUAAGGAAGAUAAGUUGGCUAAGAAUAGAGAAUCAGCAAGAAAUAGUAGAAAAAGAAAGAAAAUCUAUUUAGAACUACUUGAGACCAAAGUCACAAAGUUAUCUGAAUAAUUGGAAAUAUUUAAAAGGGUAAAUGAUUAAACAACAGAAUUAGCAACAAGCUUACAGAGUAAAAUAAAUCAGAGAUAAGAUUAAGAUUAAAAUAAGAUUAUAUUGUUUUCUAAUUUACAAAACUCUGUUUAAAGUAAUAUCAAUGAAAUGAAUAUCGAUACAUUUAUAGAAUCACUGAAUAAAAAAUUUGGAUCAGGAUCCCUAGAUAGAUAAUAAUAAAUUGAUCAUUAUUCUCGGUAAAUAUAUGAGAAUUGUUUAUCUCCAUAUUUAAAUUACAUAAUUGGAGUGGCCAAGACGGAUUAGGAUAUUUUCGCAUCCUCAGAGUCUUUGUCUGAACAUGGUAUCUUAAGAAGUUUAAAGUUAACCGAUAAACAAAAACAAACACUUCAGAAAAAAUAAAAAAAGUUGCUAAGAUAUUAAAAUGAGCUGACGAAUACUCUUUCAUCUUUUUAAGAUAUUAAAAAUUAGGUGUAACUUGAAUUAGGUGCUUAUGGAUAGACUCUGGAAUAAUUGAGGAAGGAACUGAAGCCUAGUCAAGUGGCCAAAUUUUUAUUAGAAAUUGAAAAGAAAGAUAUGUAACAUUAAUUUAAGGAUUAAUUUGAGAAAUGUUUUGGGUCAGAAUUUGAUGAAGAUGAUUCUUUAGAUCUUUAUUAAUUCAUGGCUGAACAUAAUUAUUGUAAUACACUUGGUAUUGAUAUACAAAAUACAUAUUAAAUUUACAAAUAGUCAAAUGAUUUCUUGAAAGGUAGAAUAGAUGUUGAAGAAUCCUAAUAAACAGCAACUAAAAUUGAGUGA